CCCUGCACUCGUCAGCUGCCACUGAAAACACAGCGGAAGGAGCUCUGAACAACGCUAGCAGCCAGCUAGCUCAUUCCAGUCCUUAUUCUCGUAACUGUGUGUGUUGCAGCAUAUGCAGAGAGAUGUGGUUUAUUUAUUUACUGAGCUGGCUGUCGCUGGUCGUCCAGGUGUCCUUCGUCACUCUCGCGAUAGCGGCUGGCCUCUACUACUUGGCUGAACUAAUAGAAGAGUACACAGUGGCCACAAGUCGAAUAAUAAAGUACAUGAUCCUGUUCUCAACAGGCGUGCUGGUAGGUCUCUAUCUUUUUGAAGGUUUCCCUCUGUUGAUGGUGGGAUUCGGCCUCUUUACAAACCUGGUGUAUUUCGGCCUCCUGCGAACCUUCCCCUACAUAUUGCUGAGCUCCCCGAACUUCAUCCUCUCCUGCGUGUUAGUGGUGGUGAACCAUUACAUGGCCUUCCAGUACUUUGCACAAGAGUAUUACCCAUUUUCAGAGGUGCUGUCGUACUUCACCAUCUGCCUGUGGGUCAUCCCGUUUGCCUUCUUUGUGUCACUAUCAGCGGGAGAAAAUGUACUUCCAUCCACCAUGCAGCAAGGAGACGAUGUGGUGUCUAACUAUUUCACCAAAGGCAAGCGGGGCAAGAGGUCUGGGAUCCUCCUGGUGUUCUCUUUCCUCAAGGAGGCAGUACUGCCCAGCCGACAGAAAAUGUACUGAAGGGCUCGGACUCAGGGUGCAGCCUCGGGGGGCAGAAAAAGUGUUGAGAAGUUGGACAAAAAGCGGUAAAGCACGAAGGACAGCGGAGGUGUUCUGUGGAUUGGACUAAAGCGAAGGGGCGGCCAAAACGAGGGGAGAACGCACAAAAAGGACGGACCAAUGAACAGAUUGGGCGGUUGAGUUUACAAAGGCCAUGUUCAUCUUUGGGUUUCUUGUGACCGCCCUCAGCACCUACUGGAGACCUCCUUUAUGGGGAUCUUGACUGUAGCGCAGUGAUUUUUGUAUCAUCACAACAUUUUUAAGCUUUAGUAAUAAGGCAUGUCUGAGAAGGAUAUAAAACAACUGACAAACUAAACAUGUUGGCAUGGAUGGAUGGAUAAAUCAUAUUUGGAUUUCCUCUUAACGAUUUCUUCCUCUGUCAUUUUUGUGUUUUGUCUGAUUUUAAGUUUUAAUGGUAGCAUAAAAGCCAGGUGGGAGGGGAGUAAUUUUCCAUUGAGUAAGAUAGAUUAGCUGGUGCCAAAGUAUGAAAAGAGAUCUUCUUAGAAAACAAAACAUUUUAACAUCUGUCAAUCACUUUUAAGGAUUACUUUAUAGAACUGAUUAGAUAACUCUAAUUUAACUGUAGCUUCAAGGCGUCUCUUUCCUUUUGGAUCAAAUAAACUGAAUGUUGGUCUUGUGCUCUAUAAGGAAGGGUAUAAAGAAGUGGACUUUUCUUACUCACCACUCAUCCAUUCGUGCCCAUAAUGAGGACAUUGCAUACCAACUGUGGGUCCAUAUGCAGCCACAGUGGGGUUAAUUGUACCUGUUUUGGCGACAUUUCUUGCCUAAAGUCCAUCAGUUUCUACCCACAGAACAUGAACCAAUCUUUACCUACUUUUAACAUUGGUAUUGCAACAGGAACCCAUUAUUACCCACCGACUAUAUAGUUGUACCCACUUUAGGACUUUUUGUUCCGACCGUAUGCCAAUUUAUGCCCGCUUUGGACAUUUAAUACCCAUCAUGAGUCCAUUCAACCCCGCAAUGUUUUGUAGUUUGUACCAGCUCUGAUGAGCGAGGAUUUAAAGCUAUUUUCUAAAAUCUGUUUAUUUUCUGCCUCACGGUAUUGCUGUUAUGUGACUAAUAAGCCUUAUCUACUGGUGGAAGGCUGCUUAUAGUUAUAUUAGGAUAAUCAGCCAUCAUAAUAUCUAAUAGCAGGGAUCAGAACCUCCAUCAAUGACACAUCUAGAGCCUCUAAAUUGCAUUUCUUCAUGAAUAUAAACUGACACACAGCGACCAAGUCCAUUAAUGUGAGAUGGUUUGUUAACGGGGCCCAAAGUGGAAGUAGGUCCGGAUGAAAUGAGAACCCGGUACAAACUGACCCAGAGCCGUCUACAUCUGGUCACAUAGCUUACAAUUUCGGUAGGAUUUGCUUUAGUGCGUUCGCUACUCGUCGGCACUGACGAGUGGCUACCUGUCUGUCUUAAUGUUGGAUUGUUCCUGAACAGCUUUUUUUGUAAAUGUAUCUAAGAUUAAAUUUCAGCUUAAAAAAA